CCUUUAUCUCUGGUGGCAUCGAGAGCUCUGAUUUCACUGGCCAUAAUUUGACCACGCGUCUGUUAAUUAAAUAAUUAUACUCAUUUGACUCGUCGGCCAACAAAGAAAUCCAAUUAAUUCGUUUGAGUUGCCGUACGCGAAAUUGAAUUUUCCUGAAAAAAAUUCGUCAAUAUGGAUAAUAUACGACCUCGGAAGAAUGGCGGCGACGGUUACCUCGAGCACUUGGAGGGAAUGAGUGAAUUUGAAGAUCAUCUCCGAGACACUGCUGAUGUAUCGGAAUGUAUCGCAUACUGCCUCUCAUAUCUUCCAAACGCUGCCAACCCACUUUUGAGUGGUGAUGGCGACGACGACUCAUCUGUUUCGCUUGAAGGCAACUUACCUUGUUUUGGCAAUGUUGCCUUUUAUUGUCCGAUUGGUUACCACAAAGAAAGCACGUGUCCCGUCGAUGGCCCGCUGUGGGCAGAAAUUCAUGACAUUCUGACUGAUCCGGAUAAGGAACGUAAAACGUCGCUGGGGAGAUUAAUCGAGACUUUGUCGUGGCGGAGGAGCCCGUUGCACGGCAUUUUAGAGAUAAAUGAGUCGAAGGAGGUGGUGAGACUUCCUGUGAAAAAACAUUUGUCAAAGGAUAAGAUAGUUAAGAUACGGACGCAGGAGAUCGACGACGAUUCACCCGAGUCUUUGGCGGAUAUGAAGGCAAUUGAAGAUUUUGUCAACGACUGCGACUUUCUCGUGAAGAUGGAUCAGACCUGCCGUGAGAUGAUAGCCCUUGCUACUGAACAACAACUUGCGCGUGAAGCUGCCGAUGGUGAUGUCAAACAGGUCGAAAGAGACGGCGCAGCUGGACAACGUCACCCUGACGCCGGUGAUGAACGCGACAGUUUGCCGGCUGCCGUCGACACGGAAUCAUCACGGGACGACUCCACGGAAUCACCACGUAGCGUUCCCAUUGCCGAAACAGUCACCGACGACAACGAACAGGAUGCUGCUGUGCUGCUCAAAGAAAAAGAAGGUGAUUUCAGUGGUGAUGUGGCGCACGAGGCAGUUUAGACGCCAACCGAUAAAGGAGAUCGAUGUUGACGAGAGCGAACCAAGUAAGAAUUUUCGGGAAUUAUUAGACGCGAGCUCAAAUUUCCCGUCCACUCUGUUUGUAUUAGUCGCCAGUUUGCGUAACUCGGAAACGACGCCCGUCGAUUUUUUUUUUCUUUUAAUUGUAUCAACUUCAAUUUUCGAAUUUAAUUUCUCCAUGUCGUCGUACGCGUAGCUGUUUUCAUCGUUAUGCAAAGACACUCAUUUUUAGUUUCCUUUUUUUUCCAACUGUUUUAAAUGUAAUUUCCUCACGUCCCGUAAGUUGGCCGAUUGCUUCACGGCUAAGCCCCUCCUUCCCCAACAAAGAAAACAAAACUUUGAUCGGCCAUAUCCCUAUACAUACUCUGUACUACGUGUACAACACGUAUAAAUAUAGCCUGAUACAAAACCU